UAAAAUUUCCAGUCUCUUCCAUUCAUAUUUCCUUUUCUCUCUCUCUCGCUCUCGCUCUCGCUCUUCAUUUCUCAAAGAAAAAGUUCUCUGCUUGACAUCCCUCAGGGCGCCAUUCUUGAUCCAAGGGGAAGGCGUUGAGUGGAUUUCAGCUUCGGAAUCAAUGGAAGAUGAUGAACCUGUUGAUCCAAAGAAGUAUCUUGAGGAGCAAUGCAAGCCAAAGUGUGUGAGACCAUUAUUUCAAUAUCAGGAAUGUGCUAAGAGAAUCAGGGAUGACAAAACCGGGCACAAGCACUGCACUGGUCAAUAUUUUGAUUACUGGGCAUGUAUUGAUAAAUGUGUUGCAGCAAAACUCUUUGAUAUGCUGAAAUGAGCCUCCAUUUGACCAUUGUUUUCUAUGAACUUGGCCUUUUAGAGAAUGCUGCUCUUUGCUGCAGUUCAGCUCUGAUAUAUUCACAGACUUUGAAUAGCUUCUUCAUUUAUCGAUGAUAUAUAGUUAUAUACGACUAUGAUAGUGUUUGCUUAGAUUCCAAGUCAAUGCAAGUGUUUCUGGCUGCAGAACUUGUGCUUCCUGAUUUGUAAACUUUAGACAAACAUUAUUACAUAUAAUGUGAAAUUCUUGCUGAAUACUUGUGUAUGAGCUGUGUUAAAUGAUAAGCAAACAUUUUCUUCA